AACCAAUUUCCAAAGACUAGCUUGCUUCGAAAUGGACAGACGCAAUAUCAUGAGUGGUAGAUCUAUGCAUUCUAUUUUGGUUGGGCUUUUUUGCCUGGCCAUUGCCUCCGCUAUUUGUUGUUCAAGUGUUGGAAGCUCCUACUUUAUUAGGAGGUGCUUGGAGAGUGAAAGGCAUGCCCUUCUCCAGUUUAAACAAGACCUUGUGGAUGACUCCAAUGCUCUUGCCUCUUGGGAAAACAUGAAAGAUUGCUGCAAGUGGAGAGGAAUAGCGUGCAACAACCAAACAGGUCAUGUCACCACUCUUGAUUUCUCCUUUAGUUAUGAUCCAUAUCUCAAUUCUACUGAAGUUCCUUUAAGAGGUGAAAUGAGUCCUUCACUACUUGAAUUGCGAUAUCUAAGUUACUUGGACCUCAGUUAUAAUGAUUUUGGAGGAAUGAUCAUUCCCAAGUUCAUUGGCUCUUUGAGUCAAUUGAAAGAACUAAAACUUGCAGAUGCUAAUUUCAGUGGACCUGUUCCUCCCCAACUUGGAAACCUCUCUAAUUUGCACACUCUUGAUCUUUCCUGGAACGAACUUGUUAGUUCUGAAAGUAUUGAGUGGUUAUCUCAUCUUUCUUCUUUGAGAUACCUGAACAUGUCAGACGUAGAUUUGUCUAAGGUUGUGAAUUGGCCACAAUCUUUAAGCAAGCUUACUUCACUGAUAGAGCUUCAGUUGUUAGUGUGUCGUCUUCCUGAUGUCAAUCUAAGAUCACUUUCCUUUAUUAAUUCUUCCACCUCUCUUCAAGUUCUUGACCUCUCUUCUAACUCUCUCAAUUCUUCAGUAUUUCAUUGGAUAGCCAAUGUCAGCAACAACUUUGUCAAUAUUCAAUUAUCGUCAAAUCUAUUAAAAGGUCCCAUCCCAGAUGUCUUUACAAGCAUGCUUUCUCUAGUAGCACUAGAUUUGUCUUAUAAUCAACUUGAAGGUGGGAUACCAGAAGGCUUUCAAAACUUAUGCAGCUUAGAGUCGUUGACCUUACUGUCAAACAGUUUGUCUGAAAACAUUAUAGACUCUAUAAAAACCUUGUCUUGUGCUGAGAACACACUCGAGACCUUGAACUUGAGAGAAAACCAGUUUUGGGGGUCAUUGCCAAAUUUGAAACGUUUUUCAAAGUUAAGAGAGUUAGAUCUUUCCAGUAAUCAACUAAAUGGGUCUCUACCGGAGAGUGUCGGGCAACUCUCUAGCCUUGAACAACUAUUUCUCUCCGAGAAUUCUUUAACUGGUGUCAUAACAGAAUCUCAUUUUCUAAACCUCUCUCGUUUACAGAUGUUGAGUCUUUCCGAUAAUCGUUUCUCUAUCAACCUCAGCUCUGAUUGGAAUCCACCAUUUCAACUUAGUGGUGCGUUAGACAUGUCCGGCUACAAGUUGGGCCCAGCUUUUCCCAAAUGGAUUCUAACACAGACAAAUCUUACUAGGCUUUAUCUCUCUAAUGCUGGACUAUCAGGAUUAUUACCUAAUAAGUUUUGGGAUCUAUGUUCUGGCUUAGUUUAUUUAAAUCUCUCUAUGAAUCAAAUCCAUGGGAAAGUGCCGAAUCUGUCAACAACAAGCUUGUUUCGUGUUGACUUGUCUUCUAAUCUACUUUCUGGUGCAGUUCCAUCAAUACCUCGGCGGCUUAGCAGGUUGGAUCUCUCGAAAAACCUGUUUUCAGGACCCCCGUCUUCCUUGUGUACAACACUUACACUACCCCCUUCAAACUUGUAUGCCCUCGACCUUUCUGAGAACCUACUGUCAGGGGAGCUUCCUAAUUGUUGGAUCCAAUUUCAAAAUUUGGAACAGUUGAAUUUGGGAAGGAAUAAAUUAUCUGGGAUGAUACCAAGCUCGUUAGGCAGUAUACAGGGAAUUGCAGUAUUGCGUUUAAAUCGAAAUAACUUUUCAGGAGAAUUGCCUUCUUUAGAGAACUGUACCAGCUUAGUGAUGGUUGACCUUGGUGACAAUAACCUGUCGGGAAAGAUACCAACAUGGAUUGGCCAAAGCCUAAUAGACUUGACGAUUCUACAUUUACGGUCAAAUGAGUUCAAUGGAUCCAUACCCUCCUCCCUGUGCGGUCUAGCCGCCAUUCAUGUUUUGGAUCUCUCUCACAACAAUAUUUCAGGAGGCUUGCCACAUUGCUUCAAUAACAUAUCAGUGUUGGCUAUUAACUCUCUAUAUUCUACAUUUAUUAUGGAACUUGUGUGGAAAGGAAUAGAAAUUGAGUUUGGGAAAAAUCUUUUGGGUAUGAGAAGCAUUGACAUUUCGAGCAACUAUUUGAUCGGGGAAAUUCCGCAAAGUAUAGAGAGCAUGACAGAGUUGAUUUCUCUGAACCUGUCAAGAAACUAUUUAACGGGAAAGCUUCCUGAAAACUUUGGUAACAUGAAGAUGUUGGAAUCUCUUGAUUUGUCAAGAAAUCAGAUAUCUGGUAAAAUUCCUGCGAGUUUUUCAAGAUUAAAUUUCCUUGGGGUAUUGGACGUUUCACACAACCACUUGUCAGGAAGAAUUCCACUAAGCACACAACUUCAGAGUUUUAAUGCUUCUGCAUAUAUGGCAAAUCUUGGACUUUGUGGACCACCGUUAACACAAAUUUGUCCAGGGGAUGGAACAGCUCAAGAUGAUGGAAUUACGAGAGGCAGUGACACUGAUAACAAGGAACAUGAUACUGAUGGUCUCAUAAGUCUGGGAUUCUUUAUCAGUACAGCUCUGGGAUUUGUCACAGGAUUUUGGGUGGUAUGUGGCAGUUUACUGCUUAAGAGUUCUCGGAGAUAUGCCUAUUUCAAAUUCCUGGAUGAUUCAAGAGACUGGGUUUAUGUGAAAACUGCUGCGCACAGGGCAAAAAUGGAGAGGAGACUUCAAAGAUGGAUGGUCAUGAGCUUCUGGCAUGGCGUUUGAUGGAAUGAGCCUAAUUACUGUGUAGCUCAAAAUUCAAGGCUUAAUGUGGGAUCUUUAGAGAUGUCUUUAAUUUUCCUUGCAGCGAGAAAUAUUAUCGUGCUUUAUUUCUGUUGACAGAUCUGUAUAAUUAAUGGGCUAUAUAUGUAUGGAUUAAGGCCAUCCAAGUAUGUGUGUCUUUUUAAAUUCUGAUUCUUGGCUUCUUGUAAUAUGCUCCUAGCAGCAAUUAAAGUUUCAUUCCAGAACAUUUGAA